GCGCAGAAGGAGCCCGACAGCCUGCUGCCCACGGGCGUGAAGAUCACCAUCGUGGUGGUGUACAUGGUGGUGUGUGUGGUGGGGCUCGUGGGCAACUGCCUCGUCAUGUACGUGAACCUCAGGUACACAAAGAUGAAGACGGCCACCAACAUAUACAUCUUCAACCUGGCGCUGGCCGACUCGCUGGUGCUCGCCACGCUGCCGUUCCAGGGCACCGACGUAUUCCUGGGCUUCUGGCCCUUCGGCAACGUCUUGUGCAAGGUGGUCAUUUCGAUCGACUACUACAACAUGUUCACGAGCACCUUCACCCUGACCGUGAUGAGUGUGGACCGCUACAUCGCCGUGUGCCACCCGGUCAAGGCGCUCGACAUGCGCACUCCCCACAAGGCCAAGGUGGUGAACGUGUGCGUCUGGGCCCUGGCUUCGGCGAUCGGGGUGCCCGCCCUGGUCAUGGGCGACGUUGAAGUGGAAACCAACGACACAGGCAUCGAGUGCAUCGUGGUGCUGCCCGACCCGCGCAGCUACUGGGAGCCCGUGUUCGGCACGUGCGUGUUCCUGUUCUCCUUCGUCGUACCCGUGGCCAUCAUCAGCGUGUGUUACAGCCUCAUGGUGAAGCGCCUGCGCAGCGUCCGCCUGCUCUCCGGCUCCCGCGACAAGGACCGCAACCUGCGGCGCAUCACGCACAUGGUGCUGGCCGUGGUGGCGGCCUUUGUGCUGUGCUGGACACCCGUGCAGGUGAUGGCGCUGGCGCAGUCGCUCGGCCUCAACCUGCUGAGCAUGGCCCUUAUGCACUUCUGCAUCGCGCUGGGCUACGUCAACAGCAGCCUCAACCCCGUGCUCUACGCCUUCCUGGACGAGAACUUCAAGCGAUGCUUCCGCGAGUUCUGCCAACCCGUCACCGCCUUCUCCCCGGACGCGGCGGCACCGCAGCGCGUGACGGGCCGCGCCAUGGAGCCAGCCCCCGCACAGCAGGAUGCCUACGGCCGUGGCGCCGCCGACAGACGCGGCCCGAGCGCAUGACUAGGCGUGGAGUUGCCCCUGGCCGGCACCGGGCCUUCCGGAGCGGGUGGCUCCCCCAGCGAAGUG